AUGAUGAUAUAUCAAAUANACUAACUUUAAAGUUUAUAAUGUAUAAACAACUUGAUUUUCUAUUUGGCAUUUCCAACCUAUCAUCUGAAAUAAAAAUUUUCGUCUUAAUAAUUAUACAAUUAAGAAACCAUAUAAUGGAUUGAAAAUGUGGAAAAUCUUAUUCUUAAUUAGAUUGAGCGAUAUAUUGCAAAUAUCCUUACAUUUUAUAAAGGAGAUAAAGAAGAUUGGAUAAAAUUAGAUUUUAAAUGUAUUUUUAACUAAGUAAGAUAAAGCUUUGAUAAGAUUUUAUUAGAAUCUAAUAAUGUCUCAAUAAUUAUAGAAAGUGAAUUUGUAGAAUAAAAUACUUUAAAAAUUAUCGAACAAUAUUACAAGGAAAAGGUUGAAGUAUUAAAUCAAGAAAUAAUUAGAUUAAUAUUAAAAACAAAUUUGAAUUGA